AUGACCAAUAACAGCAGCUCCUCUGGCGUCUGGGAGAACUCUGAUUGGUCAGAGUCAGCCCAGUGCCCGCCCUCGGUGAGUGGAGCCACCUUCCUCAUCGUGGCCUACAGCACGGUGAUCGCAGUGGGGUUGCUAGGCAACGUGGGCCUGGUGUUCAUCAUUGGGCGGCAGAAGGAACUGCAUAAUGUCACCAACAUUCUAAUCGCCAACCUGUCCUGCUCCGACAUCUUGAUGUGUGUGGUGUGUCUACCCGUCACCGUCAUCUACACUCUGAUGGACCGCUGGGUACUGGGGGAGGCACUCUGCAAGGUGAGAACACAAACACUUUUCUUAAAAAAUUAAAAUCCUUGUUCAGAGUUUGUUUGAUAACCUUGCCGUGUUUGUUUGUGUCCAUAAUCUGCCUUUUUUCCUCCUCCCUCUCCCUCUCUUGUCCCUUAUAUAUCUCCUCUCUUCCCUAUCAGGUCACUCCGUUUGUACAGUGUGUGUCAGUGACGGUGUCUAUAUUCUCCCUGGUGUUGAUUGCGUUGGAGCGCCAUCAGUUGAUCCUGCACCCUACCGGCUGGUCCCCAGCAGCAGGCCACUCCUACCUGGCCGUAGGACUCACCUGGUUGGUCGCCUGCUUCAUAUCACUCCCCUUCCUGUCCUACAACAUUCUGACCGACAACCCCUUCCAGAACCUCACCCUGCCCGCCAACCCCUUCAGGUGAGUCAGUGUGUGUGUGUGUGUGUGUGUCAGUAAAUGUCCGCAAAAAAAUGUAUUUAAAUUGUUGCCAGCAGCACAGUUACAGUCACCAAUGCUCUAGAUAACAUGAAAACAGCUUAACCAGCUCUGCUAGGGCGAGUAAAAUGGUCAGAGUGAGGUGUUCUCUUAUUUGUGUCUGCAAGUAGCUAGCCGACUUUCGCCAGUUAGCUUGGGUGCUUGACUGUGGUUGAGGUCAGAACGAUCGGAUCAACCCUACUCCUCUGCCAGAGCGUCCAGUGUGCGAACAGACAAUCUGACAACGCUCUGAAUUUACGAACGACGCAGAGCGCACUCUGACACACUGGAGGCAAUUUAUGAACACACCCUGUGUCUGUGAUUGUGACAGAUGUAGCGCUCUGAGAGACACCAUCUGUCUAACUACAGCUGUUGUAUAUCUACAUGCAUCUACAUACUGUACAUAAACAAACUCUCUCCUCUUUCUCUCUCUCUCUCUCUCCCUCUCUCUCUCUCUCCCUCUAUCUGUGUCUCUCUCGCUCUCCUUAUCUCUAUCCCUCUGUCUCUCUUUAUCGCUCUCAAUUCAAUUUAAUUCAAUUGCUUUAUUGGCAUGACGUAACAAUGUACAUAUUGCCAAAGCUUACUUUGGAGAUUUAGAAUAUUAACAUCAUUAAAAUAAUAAUAAUCAAUAUUGUCAAUGGGACAACAGUAACAACAAUAAUCAAUGGUCAAAAUAACCAUACAGUGGGGGAAAAAAGUAUUUAGUCAGCCACCAAUUGUGCAAGUUCUCCCACUUAAAAAGAUGAGAGAGGCCUGUAAUUUUCAUCAUAGGUACACGUCAACUAUGACAGACAAAUUGAGAAAAAAAGAAUCCAGAAAAUCACAUUGUAGGAUUUUUAAUGAAUUUAUUUGCAAAUUAUGGUGGAAAAUAAGUAUUUGGUCACCUACAAACAAGCAAGAUUUCUGUCUCUCACAGACCUGUAACUUAUUCUUUAAAAGGCUCCUCUGUCCUCCACUCGUUACCUGUAUUAAUGGCACCUGUUUGAACUUGUUAUCAGUAUAAAAGACACCUGUCCACAACCUCAAACAGUCACACUCCAAACUCCACUAUGGCCAAGACCAAAGAGCUGUCAAAGGACACCAGAAACAAAAUUGUAGACCUGCACCAGGCUGGGAAGACUGAAUCUGCAAUAGGUAAGCAGCUUGGUUUGAAGAAAUCAACUGUGGGAGCAAUUAUUAGGAAAUGGAAGACAUACAAGACCACUGAUAAUCUCCCUCGAUCUGGGGCUCCACGCAAGAUCUCACCCCGUGGGGUCAAAAUGAUCACAAGAACGGUGAGCAAAAAUCCCAGAACCACACAGGGGGACCUAGUGAAUGACCUGCAGAGAGCUGGGACCAAAGUAACAAAGCCUACCAUCAGUAACACACUACGCCGCCAGGGACUCAAAUCCUGCAGUGCCAGACGUGUCCCCCUGCUUAAGCCAGUACAUGUCCAGGCCCGUCUGAAGUUUGCUAGAGUGCAUUUGGAUGAUCCAGAAGAGGAUUGGGAGAAUGUCAUAUGGUCAUUUGAAACCAAAAUAGAACCUUUUGGUAAAUUUUGGUUAAAACUCAACUCGUCGUGUUUGGAGGACAAAGAAUGCUGAGUUGCAUCCAAAGAACACCAUACCUACUGUGAAGCAUGGGGGUGGAAACGUCAUGCUUUGGGGCUGUUUUUCUGCAAAGGGACCAGGACGACUGAUCUGUGUAAAGGAAAGAAUGAAUGGGGCCAUGUAUCGUGAGAUUUUGAGUGAAAACCUCCUUCCAUCAGCAAGGGCAUUGAAGAUGAAACGUGUCUGGGUCUUUCAGCAUGACAAUGAUCCCAAACACACCGCCCGGGCAACGAAGGAGUGGCUUCGCAAGAAGCAUUUCAAGGUCCUGGAGUGGCCUAGCCAGUCUCCAGAUCUCAACCCCAUAGAAAAUCUUUGGAGGGAGUUGAAAGUAUGUGUUGCCCAGUGACAGCCCCAAAACAUCACUGCUCUAGAGGAGAUCUGCAUGGAGGAAUGGGCCAAAAUACCAGCAACAGUGUGUGAAAACCUUGUGAAGACUUACAGAAAACGUUUGACCUGUGUCAUUGCCAACAAAGGGUAUAUAACAAAGUAUUGAAAAACUUUUGUUAUUGACCAAAUACUUAUUUCCCACCAUAAUUUGCAAAUAAAUUCAUAAAAAAUCCUACAAUGUGAUUUUCUGGAAAAAAAAUGCUUAUUUUGUCUGUCAUAGUUGACGUGUACCUAUGAUGAAAAUUACAGGCCUCUCUCAUCUUUUUAAGUGGGAGAACUUGCACAAUUGGUGGCUGACUAAAUACUUUUUUUCCCCACUGUACAUUGAAGAAUAACAAUAACAAUAAGCAUAGAGGACAUGUGCAGGUUGGUUGGUCUGUCAGACACUGUCCCUCAUUUUAUGGCAGGCAGCAAUGUAGUGCGCUGCCAACCCACAGCUCUCUGCAUCCUCCCCCAACAGGACGGGUAGCCUAUUCUCAUCAGAGAGGUCUUUGAAACCUUGAAUAAGGUUUUCAAAUUUGGGGAAAUGACACUCUAAUUGUUUGAUUUUUUUUUUUUAAUUUUCAGGAAAUGCAGCUCUGUCUCGGGUUCUGCUGUGGUGCAGUGGUUGCACAGCCUUUCCUCUACAGGGAGCCAGGUUUUCCUGUGUCUACCCUUCUCAAUGGCAAGGCUGUGCUCACUGAGCCUAUACUUUGUCAAGGUUUUUCUAAGGUUUUUCUCUUUCUGCUUCUCUCUCUCUCUCUGUCUCUCUCUCUCCUCACCUCUCUCUCCUUUUCUCCUCCUCUCUUUGUCUUUCUCGCUCUCUUUCUCUCUCAUUCUCUCACUCUCUCCCUCUCUCUCUCAAUUCAAUUUCUAUUCAAUUUAAGGGCUUCAUUGGCAUGGGAAACGUAUGUUAACAUUGCCAAAGCAAGUGAAAUAGAUAGUAAACAAAAGUGAAAUAAACAAUAAAUAUUAACAGUAAACAUUACACUCACAAAAGUUCUAAAAGAAUAAAGAAGUUUCAAAUGUCAUAUUAUGUAUGUAUAGAGUGUUGUAACAAUGUGCAAAUAGUUAAAGUACAAAUGGGAAUAUAAAUAAACAUAAAUAUGGGUUGUAUUUACAAUGCUGUUUGUUCUUCACUGGUUGCCCUUUUCUUGUGGCAACAGGUCACAAAUCUUGCUGCUGUGAUGACACACUGUGGUAUUUCACCCAGUAGAUAAGGGAGUUUAUCAAAAUUGGGUUUGUUUUCUAAUUCUUUGUGGAUCUGUGUAAUCUGAGGGAAAUAUGUGUCUCUAAUAUGGUCAUACAUUUGGCAGGAGGCCAGGAAGUGCAGCUCAGUUUCCACCUCAUUUUGUGGGCAGUGUGCACAAAGCCUGUCUUCUCUUGAGAGCCUACGGAGGCCUUUCUCAAUAGCAAGGCUAUGCUCACUGAGUCUGUACAUAGUCAAAGCUUUCGUUAAGUUUGGAUCAGUGACAGUGGUUAGGUAUUCUGCCACUGUGUACUCUCUGUUUAGGGCCAAAUAGCAUUCUAGUUUGCUCUGUUUUUUAAAUAAAUCUUUCCAAUGUGUCAAGUAAUUCUCUUUUUGUUUUCUCAUGAUUUGGUUGGGUCUAAUUGUUGUUGUUGUUGUCCUGGGGCUCUGUUUGUGUUUGUGAACAGAGCCCCAGGACCAGCUUACUUAGGGGACUCUUCUCCAAGUUCAUCUCUCUGUAGGUGAUGGCUUUGUUAUGGAAGGUUUGGGAAUUGCUUCUUUUUAAGUGGUUAUAGAAUUUAACGGCUAUUUUCUGGAUUUUGAUAAUUAGCGGAUAUCGGCCAAAUCCUGCUCUGCAAUUCAAUUCAAGGGAUUUAUUGGCAUGGGAAACAUAUGUUUACAUUGCCAAAGCAAGUGAAAUAGAUAAUAAACAAAAGUGAAAUAAACAAUAAAAAAAUUAACAGUAAACAUUACACUCACAAAAGUUCCAAAAUAACAAAUACAUUUCAAAAGUCAUAUGAUGUGCAAAUAGUUAAAGUAUAAAAGGGAAAAUAAAAAACAUAAAUAUGGGUUGUAUUUACAAUGGUGUUUGUUCUUCACUGGUUGCCCUUUUCUUGUGGCAACAGGUCACAGAUCUUGCUGCUGUGAUGACACACUGUGGUAUUUCAACCAAUAGAUACAGGAGUUUAUUAAAAUUGGGUUUGUUUCGAAUUAUUUGUGGGUCUGUGUAAUCUGAGGGUAAUAUGUGUCUCUAAUAUGGUCAUAGAUUUGUCAGGAGGUUAGAAAGUGCAGCUCAGUUUCCACCUCAUUUUGUGGACAGUGUGCACAUAGCCUGUCUUCUCUUGAGAGCCAGGUCUGCCUACGGCGGGCUUUCUCAAUAGCAAGGCUAUGCUCUGUACAUAGUCAAAGCUUUCCUUAAGUUUGGUCUCUCUCUCUCUCUCUCUCUCUCUCUCUCUCUCUCUCUCUCCUGCUCUCCUGCUCUCCGUCUCUCUCGCUCUCCUGCUCUCCGUCUCUCUCGCUCUCCUGCUCUCCGUCUCUCUCGCUCUCCUGCUCUCCGUCUCUCGCUCUCCUGCUCUCUCGCUCUCCUGCUCUCCGUCUCUCUCUCCUGCCUCUCCUCUCUCUCUCUCUCCUGCGCUCUCUGUAGAGAGAGAGAGUCGAGCUGACGCUCCUCUCUCUCUUAGCUCUCGAUGAUCUCUCUCUCUCGCUCUUCUCUCUCAUCAACCCUAUCUCUCUCUCUCUCUCUCUCUCUCUCUCUCCUCUCUCUCUCUCUCCUCAGAGACCAUGUGAUCUGUUUGGAGAAAUGGCCGACUGAAAGACACCGUCUGGCCUACACCACCUCCCUGUUGCUGUUCCAGUACUGCCUCCCUCUGCUACUGGUGCUGCUCUGCUACCUCCGCAUAUUCCUACGCCUACGUCGACGCAGGUGACACACACACAUGCACACUCACGGCGGCACACAAGCACACACACACAUGCACUAAUGCAUGCUCGCAAGCACAGAAAGACACACACAAGACAAUUAUAGUAUGCCUACUCAGAUGCAGGUAAUACAUCAGGACAGGAGUCAAAUGAAUGGUAGUCAAUGAGUGACCAGUGAUGAAUAGGUGAAUAAAACAAAUGAAUGUGUGGAGUAAUAGUCCAAGGAUCAUCAAAGAGGAUAGCCAAUGAAAAGUUAAUGAGUAAAUGGAAAUGUUAAUGAAAUUAAUAAGUACCUGGUAAAGUGUGGUAUAAAUCCCAUCCAUUUAGUCCGUUCCGGUGGCCCCCCAUUGAUCAAACAAAAUUACAACAACAGAUACAUAAAGAACAAAUAAACAAAAGUAAACAAAAACAAAAGUAACUGGAAAUGUGUGGUAUACUGCAAGUGCCAUCUAAAGUCCUUUCCUGUGUUUUUCCCAUCCAGGGAAGUGGUGGAGCGGAGCCGGAAGGCCCGAGGAGCCCAGAGGAUCAAUGCUAUGCUGGCGGCCAUCGUUGCCGCCUUCGCCCUCUGCUGGCUGCCGCUUAACGUGUUCAACACGAUAUUUGACUGGGACCACCAGGCGCUGCCCGCCUGCCAGCAUGAUGCUGUGUUCUCCGCCUGCCACCUCACCGCCAUGGCCUCCACCUGUGUCAACCCUGUGGUGAGUGGAGUUGGGUUUAGUUUAGGUUAUUAGUAUAUGGCUCUGAAUAUACAUCAACACCUCCCCUGUAGACAUUCCUGUCUUUUCUAUAGAUGUAUCUUUCUAUUCCUACUGCUGUAUCAUCAAAGGUGCUGUCUAUGUGAGUCUCAGAAAUUGCUAAUAUAUUAAUAUUAUCUGAGAUUAGCAAAUUACUAAUCUCAUGAAUUUUGUUUCUGAGGCUACAUAUAUUUAAAUGAGCUCAUUUUAACCCUUUCCUGGGUAGUUUUUCUAAAACUGAACUCAAUGAUAAUAGGUUUUAUUUCUAAUAAUGAUAUUUCUGAUAAUAACAGAUUAUGUUCAGCAGAUGCCUUAUCUGGUUUAGCUCUGCUGCAGCAGGGUGCUCUAGUCUUCGUGCCACUUCAGCAAAGCUGUCUUGCUGGACUGUUGGCCUCAAUGGUGCAGGGGGGUGCUGUCCUGUCGGCAUGGGAGGUAAUGGGGUGGGGUGGUGCUGUUCUGUCAGCAUGAGGGGUUGUGGGGUGGGGUAUUGAGUGGUGGCCAAUGGAGUGGGGGGUUGCUGGCCUCUUUGGGCGAAGUUCUGGUCUCUCUGGGUGGAGAGCUGGGCUCUCUGGGGGAAGUGUUGCCCUCUGGGUGGAGAGCUGGGCUCUCUGGUUGAGGGGAUGGUCUCUCUGGGUGAGGUGAUGGUCAUUCUGGGGGGAGUGCUGGGCUCUCUGGGUGAGGUGAUGGUCUCUCUGGGUAAGGUGAUGGUCUCUCUGGGCGGAGUGCUGGGCUCUCUGGGCAGAGUGCUGGAGUCUCUGGGCGGGGUGCGCACCUGCCGCUGCCGUAGGAGCGCAGACACUUCCCCAAGCUCUGGACAGUGCUGGUCAUAAAAAAGCUAGCUAGCUGAUGGAUGCAAACAAUGUUCUUCCCCAAAAACAUAGCAAAACGACAUAACUGUUUCAGUAGCUAUAGUUAGCUAGCUAACUUUCUAGCUAGGUGUCAUCAUCUAAAAUACCCCUAAUUUAUAAGACCGUUCUUUUUUGAUUAAUGGUGGUCGGAUCCACCUAUGUGAAGCUAGCCACAAUAAGGAUUAUCCACAAUAGUGGAAUUUGCGGUUUACCUUCAAAAUAAGUGUCUCAAUGAAAGUGAUACAAAUGAAUACAAAUCGUGGAAUCAUGCCAUAAUGGAAUAGAUCGUGCUAAAUGAGGUUGGAAUGUUCUGGUAUAAAUUCAACAAAAUACAAUAAUUUGUAAAUUUGACAAAAAUCUGUUGGAAUCACACUGGAUGUAUUAGACUUUAGAAUUGCAUUGGGGGCAUACUUAUUUCACUGUACAGCCUUACCUAUAGAUUGUGGAUCAAUGACAUGGGGUAUCAGUCUACUCAGUGACACCCAGAGAACAUUAAAGUCGUAGCUCUUAUUGCGGGACUCUGAAACCACUGUGAAUUGAGCCACAUUUAUUGUACCAGUCAACCUACUAUGUGUAUUGAACACUAUUCAAAUCAAAUCAAAUUAAAUCAAAUUGUAUUUGCCACAUGCGCCGAAUACAACAGGUGUAGACAUUACAGUGAAAUGCUUACUUACAAGCCCUUAACCAACAAUGCAGUUGUUUAAAGAAAAAUGUAAAAUAAAAAAAGUGUUAAAGAAAAAAGAAAAAAAAGAAAAAAACUAAAGAGCAGCAGUAAAAUAAAGUAACAGUAGGGAGGCUAUAUACAGGGGGGUACCGGUACAGAGUCAAUGUGCAGGGGCACCGGCUAGUAGAGGUAAUUGAGGUCAUAUGUACAUGUGGGUAGAGUUAAAGUGACUGUGCAUAAAUAAUAAACAGAGUAGCAGCAGCGUAAAAGAGGGAGAUGGGGGUGGGGUGGGGGGUUAGCGCAAAUAGUCUGGGUAGCCAUGAUUAGCUGUUCAGGAGUCUUAUGGCUUGGGGGUAAAGCUGUUGAGAAGCCUUUUGGACCUAGCAGAGAGAACAGUCUAUGACUAGGGUGGCUUGAGUCUUUGACAAUUUUUAGGGCCUUCCUCUGACACCGCCUGGUAUAGAGGUCCUGGAUGGCAGGAAGCUUAGCCCCAGUGAUGUACUGGGCCGUACGCACUACCCUCUGUAGUGCCUUGCGGUCAGAGGCCGAGCAGUUGCCAUACCAGGCAGUGAUGCAACCAGUCAGGAUGCUCUCGAUGGUGCAGCUGUAUAACGUUUUGAGGAUCUGAGGACCCAUGCCAAAUCUUUUCAGUCUCCUGAGGGGGAAUAGGUUGCCCUCUUCACGACUGUCUUGGUGUGUUUGGACCAUGAUAGUUCGUUGGUGAUGUGGACACCAAGGAACUUGAAGCUCUCAACCUGUUCCACUACAGCCCUGUCGAUGAGAAUGGGGGCGUGCUCAGUCCUCUUUUUUUUUCCUGUAGUCCACAAUCAUCUCCUUUGUCUUGAUCACGUUGAGGGAGAGGUUGUUAUCCUGGCACCACACGGCCAGAUCUCUGACCUCCUCCCUAUAGGCUGUCUCCUCGUUGUCGGUGAUCAGGCCUACCACUGUUGUGUCGUCGGCAAACUUAAUGAUGGUGUUGGAGUCGUGCCUGACCAUGCAGUCAUGAGUGAACAGGGAGUACAGGAGGGGACUGAGCACGUGUUACGCCCCUGAAAAAGGGGAGAAAUAAUCACGAACGUGACGCAGUUGUUUCCUCACUGAAACUUUAGUAUAAUCUUUUUACAAAAAUACCACAUUUUACAGAACAACAGAUCUACAGGAACCAGAGUUUUGUAGGGUACAAAGCUUAUUCAAGUCACAACAGCAUAAACUGUAAUUCACUAAAACAUAUACAAAUGUUUCAAUAUAACUGUCAAACACAAAGUAGCUUUAGCUCAGUAACCCAUAACUACAUUUAUCAACCAUGUCAACAAAGUAUUCGAAACACAUUGUACAAAUAACCCCAAAUAUAUUAUUAACAACGCACAUGUUCAUUCACAAUUAGCAUAAAAUGGCAGCUACCCUCAGUACGAAGCUAUUUCGCAGCAACCAAGCAGGUUUCACUCACACCUAAUAACUCUCUUCAACUUAACUCUAAACUUACUCAAGAUGUUACUAACACAUACCUUAAACUCUCUUGACAUGUUAGCAAGUUAUUACAUUCAAAUUAACUUGUUUUAUCAAUAACGUACCUGAAAAAGGGGAGAAAUAAUCACGAAAGUGACGCAGUUGUUUCCUCACUGAAACUUUAGUAUAAUGAGGAAAAAGACCGCGAUUUCCCCAGAAAGUUGGCCGGAGACCAGAGCAAUCGAUCUCAGGCUCAUAGAUUAAGAGCAUUUAGUAGAUCACAAAUUAACACUUUUACCCUUAAAUUAGGCACCACAAAAUAAAGUAGUCAAUAUAACGUUUACACCUUCCUCUUACAAUAAUUUACCCUUUUACACUUGACGGAUUUUAACACAUUUAUGCAUUUUAUCAAUCUCUAUGAACUAGUACUGGAUGCAUUAUCUUUUUAACCUUAGAUAUUUUAAGAUCCUUACAUACCAUGAACUUACUAAUACUUUUUAGUGUAUAACAGGCUAUGAAUAUGUCCUUUAACCUGUCACACUCUCCCCGACAAAAUAAAUGUUGUCCCAACAUUACCAACAUUGUCUUCUUAAACAGUCUAUUAGCACUGGACGUAGAAAAUCCUCUUCUGUAAGAUAGUCCUUGAGCAGAGGUCAAAGUUCACAGUUCAAAUAGAACCAAGAAGUUAUAUUCACAGUCCAUAUCUGUUGACCAGCUGUAUAAACAGUCCAUAAGCAGUCUUUUCUCAUACUAUUGUCAACAGUCCAUCAGUUGUAAUGAUCUAUAUGCAUAGUCUGCUAAUUGUCUCGUGAAAGUCUGUGAAAUCAGUCAGUAGUCCAUGGUCAAACAUGUCAACUCUGUCUGUGGCCUCAAGUUUGCUGAAGUCCAUACAUGUAGGGUGGCUAUAGGUAAUAUCGCUGUAGUGAUGGCAGCCAUGGAACCAGUCCUGGUGCAGGGUAGACAGGGAACAACUGUGGCUGUGGCUGUAUACUGUAGCAGGAAGGGAUACCAAGCUGAUCAUAGGUGAUACGUCUUGGAGGGUGUCUCUCUCUUUGUGGCAGCUGGUAAGCUGGUUCCUCAGGUUCAGCAGCAGCAGUUAAUGAAGGAAAGGCACUUAGUGGACGAUCAUCAGGCACAUUUUCAGCAGGCAAGUUCAUCUCCUCAGCAGGCAGUUCUUUAACUGUUGUUUUCUCCUCCAGCUGAUUUUCAACAAGCGGCUGUGCUGGUAGCAUAUCAGGAACUGGCACCGCAACUGUUUGUUUCACUGGUGGGGGCCUGUUUUCCGACUCUCUCGCUGGUUCACUUUUGUCAUCUUUAGUCAUUUCUGGUUGUCUCUCAAAAGGUAAGUGGUCACAGGACAUGAGCAGGUUUCUGUGCAGGACCCUGGAGCGUCCCCUACCCUUUUCUGGUCUCAACUCAUAAAUCGGCAGGUCUGAACCCAUUUGUCUCACUACUGUGUGAAUUUGAUCUUCCCAAUAGUUACGGAGUUUGCCUGGUCCUCCUCUUGGUGUCAGGUUUUUAAUCAGAACUCGCUCGCCAGGCUGUAGCACUGAACUCCUAACUUUAGUGUCAUAGUACUUCUUACUUCUUUCAGCAGCUUUCUGAGCAUUUUCUUUUGCAAUGGCAUAUGCUUCUUCCAUUCCUCGUUUCCAGUUCUCCACGUAGUCUCCCUGGUUACUGGAACCUGCCUCUGUGCACAAUCCAAAGAACAUAUCAACUGGAAGCCUGGGUGAUCUCCCAAACAGAAGAUAAAAUGGUGAAUAGCCAGUCACUUCGCAACGGGUGCAGUUAUAGGCAUAAACCAGUUUGUUUAGAGACUCCUUCCAGUUUGACUUUUGUGUCUCAGUUAGUGUCUUUAGCAUUUGCAACAAUGUUCUGUUCAUUCGUUCCACUUGACCGUUCCCCAUCGGGUGGUAGGGUGUUGUUCUGGACCCGGCCAUGCCACUGAGUUUCUUUAACUGAUGGAACAACUGAUUUUCGAAUUCUCCCCCUUGGUCAUGGUGGAUGCGGGAGGGGAACCCAAACUUCAGGGCAAAGUCAUUGAAGAUGAGAUUUGCAGCAGUUUUUCCUGACUUUGAUGUGGUGGCGUAGGCUUGAGUGAAAUGUGUAAAAUGGUCAACAAUCACGAGGAUGUACUCAUAUCCCCCUUUGCAUCUGUCGAUUUGGAGGAAAUCUAUACAUACCAGUUCAAAUGGCUGUGUUGUCACAAUGUUUGUCAGAGGAGCUCUUGUUUCAUGGCCUGGCUUUUUCUGCUUGACACAGCUACAAGUUUUAGUCACAUAGUGCUCGAUGUCAGAUUGCAUAUAAGGCCAGAAAGAAGCGGUCACGUACUAGUGAUACAGUGCGGUCAGUACCUUGGUGUCCCAUGUUAUUGUGCAACUCUUCCAUCACUUUACCUUUGUACUGCUCUGGUAGAACUAACUGCUUGCGGGCUGUAGUGAUUCUGUAAAGAAUACCCUCAUUGUCGAUUGUCAAUUUGUCCCAUUCUCUGAAUAGGCAUUUUGUCUUUGGACUGAAUUCCUUUUGCUCUUUAACUGGCGGUUUGGAACCAGACAGCUUGAAAUCGAGCACAGGACGGAUGACCGGAUCAGACUCUUGUGCCUCUCUUAUCCCCUCUUUUGGGAUCGAGCUGAUUGUUGCUGUAGUUGUCUCACCUUCAGCUGAUACUGACAUAGAUGCAGCUGAAAUUGACCAAGGCACAAAAUACUCUUUCUGUACCUCUACUGCUUGUAUCGUGGCGGCAAUGGUGUCUGGUGGAAGCUCCUCAGAACAUUCUCUCAUCAGUGACUCUACAUCCAGUGGCAUCCUCGACAAAGCAUCUGCAUCACCGUUCUCUCUGCCUGGCCUGUACUUUAUUGUAAAGUGGAAAUCAGCCAAUUCUGCAACCCACCUGGAAGUGGUUGCGUUCAGUUUUGCAGUAGACAGAAUGUAGCUGAGCGGGUUGUUAUCACUGUAUACAGUGAAGGUCGGAGCAUAGUACAAAUAAUCAUGGAACUUAUCAGUGAUUGCCCAUUUUAGAGCUAGAAAUUCUAGCUUGCCAGAGUGGUAGUGAUAGUUCUUCUCAGCUGCUGUUAAGGUUCGAGAGCCAUAAGCAAUGACCCUAAGCUUCCCAUCUUGCUCUUGAUAAAGAACUGCUCCCAAGCCUUGGUGUGACGCAUCAGUGUGUACAACAAAUGGCUGAGUGAAGUCAGUGAAACCUAAGACUGGUGGGUGAAGCAACACUCAAUCAGCUGUUCAAGUGCCUGUUGAUGCUGGUCAGUCCACAGGAUUGGCUUGUUUGAGGGCACCACAUGACUUACUUUCUUUGUUUUGCUUUCCGUGGGUGGUCAGGUAUUUUCUCUGAAUCUGCUUUCAGGAGGUCAUACAGACAGCUGGCCCUCCUAGAAAAGUCUUUGAUGUACUGUCUGUAGUAAGUGAGUAAACCAAGCAUUUUUCUGAGCUGGCCCACAGUCUGUGGUCUGAUCUCUUUCAAUGCUCUUACUGCUUCAAAAUCGGCUGGGUCAACUUUGCUGCCGUCUGCAGACACUAUUCUGCCCAAAUAACGGACCUGGGGUUUAAAGAGAUCACACUUACUUGGCUUGAGUUUGAUGCCAUAUUCUCUGAGACGCUGCAAAACCUUUUGCAACAUCAUUCACAUGGCUGUCGAAAGUUUUACUGAAAACUAGCGUGUCGUCCAGAUAAGGAAUGCAGAUGUUGUCCCGGAGCCCUUCCAAACAUUCCUCCAUACAACGCUGAAAAGCUGCAGGAGCGUUCAUGAGGCCGAAUGGCAUACGUAUCCACUCAUAGAGUCCCCAUGGGGUCACAAAUGCUGUCAGUGAUCUGUUUUCUUCAGAGAUGAACCCUUGGUGAUAUGCUUUUCCCUGAUCUAAAAGGGAGAACCAGGAAUUACCACCUAAACUGUCCAUGAUGUCCUGGACCCGAGGGAUGGGCUGGCGGUCAGGAUGUGUCUUUCUGUUCAGGUCUCUGUAAUCUAUACACAACCGGAGGGUCCCGUCCUUCUUCCUAACACACACGACAGGUGAAGAAUAUGAAGAGUUUGACUUCCUAACCCAACCCUGGGGCUAUGAGGUCAUGAAGGUAACCCUUCAUCUCCUGAUACAGUGGCCUGGGCACUGACAUGUAUGUGCGCUUGACUGGUUCAGAGUCCUUUAGAGAAAUAGUCAUUUUCAAUCGUUCAAUGCAGCCAAUGUCAUUGCCUGAUCUGGAGAAGGAGUGACACUCUUCUCUAAGCAUUUUCCUAACAACCUCUCUCUGUUCUUUGGUUAGGUGACUUAAACCUACUGGUGGAUCCCACUGUUCAGUAGCAGUAAAUGGGGUUUGAACACUGGUGUGAUUCACUGUGGCUGGGGUGACAGCUUUUUCAAAGACUUGGGCAGGUAACACAGUCAUAAUGGUUUGUACUGUACCGAUUAUGGUGCGUCCUAGCAGGGCAAUGUCGUGGUCAGUGGGGUUAGAGACAUCAAGCAUGACAACUGGAAAAACACCUUUCUUAACUCUGACUAGUGUGUCAAAUAACUCAAGUUCAUCUGGCCACUGCGGGUUCAGGUCUGGCUGGAAAAGCAUUGUCAUGUCAUCUUUGAAAGGCUGGGAAGCUACCCGGCACUCAAUCUGAAUGCUACUGUGUUUUGGUACAGCAACCUUCUCUUUCUUGGUUUUCACUGCGUAUUCAUCUGUCUGUUCUGCACUAACAGCCUGUAUAAAAGCUCUCACCUUAUUUCUUUUGAGGCUUGGAAAGCUUUUUUUACUGUACUGUACCGUUUAGUCUUUUCGGUCAUUGUCAGGAUGUGCUCAAUAACAUUGAAACCUAUGAUGGGAUGAGAUAGGUGACAGCCUUUCAUUACCAGCACUGGGAUGAUCAGUUCCUUCGUUUGGUCAGUUUCAGAGGCUAGCCGAAAAGUUGUUUCAAUCCAUCCCAGGUACGGCAUUUCAGUCCCAUUUACUGCCGUCAAUCUUAGAUCAUCAGGUGAGUCCAGAAUUUCUGAAACAUCCCUCAGCCUUGCGUUUGGGAGAGAUUCCGCUUUCCAUCGUUCAUCAAUGACCGAUACCUGAGAGCCUGUGUCCCAUAGAGCUUGGAGGUGGUGGCGAUUCAGGUGACACUCAAACAAGGCACUGUCUACCGACUAGCGAGGUGACCUUAUGGGGGGUGGCAAACUUGAGCUAGGGAUGGUAAAGAGUGGGCAUUUUCUUCUGUACAGGAAAGCUUUUCACAGGUAGAGUCAAUUUUCAGGUGAGUGCAUUUUUCCUUAUGUUAGUCCAAUGUUGGUUUUGACAUCCUUUGGAACAGUACAGUGUCUCUUACAUGAUGAACAUGUUUCAGGUUCUCAAAUGAAUCUUCUCUGGCACAAUUUGCACAUUUAUGGGACUUUUUGGUAGCUACGGUUAACACUUGUCCCUCAGCGGUAACCCUUCCCGUUUAAAGGGGCCUAUUUGGAUGGUCUGACUCCCCGGAUUUUACAUCCAGCUUGGAAAUGUUCUCCACUCCCACAUCGGAAGCAGUGUGUGCAGCGUGCAUCUGUUCUGGCCUGCUGGCAGACAAAACACCCCCCGGGGGGAAAAGGGGGGUUUUUUUUUUUGGGUUUUAAAAGGGGGGGGUUUUUGGGGGGGUUUUUUUUUAAAAGGGGGGGGAAAAAGGGGCUGGGGGUUCCCGGGCCCCAAAAAAAGGGGGGGGGGGGUUUUUUAAAAAAGGGGUGGUUUUUUUUUGGUUUCCCCGGGGUUUUGGGAAUACAAUUUUUUUAAAAAUCUUUUAAAAUUUUUUUUUCCCCCGCCCUUUUUUUCCCCCGGUUUUUUUUUAAAAAAUUUUUAAAAAAAAUUUUUUUGGGGGGGGGGUUUUUGGGGUUUUUUUUUUCUUUUACCAAAAAAAUUUUAAAAAAAUUAUUUGGUUUUAAAAAAAGGCCCCCCUUUUUUUUUCCCGGGCCCCGGAAAUUUGGAAAAAAAGGGGGGCCUUUUUCCCCCAACCUUUUUUUUUAAAAAAAAUUUUUCCUUUUAAAAGGGGGAACCGGGGGGGGGGUUUUUUUUUUUGGGUUUUUUAAAACUUUUUUUUUUUUUGGGGGGGGGGGAAAAAAUUUGGGGGGGGAAAAAAGGGGGGGGGGUUUUUUUUUUUUUUUCCCUUUCCAAAAAAAACCCCCGGGCCGGGGAAAAUUUUCCCCCAAAGCCCUUUUUUUUUUUUCCCCCCCCGUUUUGGGGGGGGGGAAAAAAAUUUUUUUUUUUUGGGUUUUCCCCACCGGGGGGGGGGGGGGGGGAAAAAAAAAAAAUUUUUUUUUUUGGGGGGGGGAAAAAAACCCCGGGGGGGUUUUUCCCUAAACCCCCGGGGUUUUGGGGGGGCCCCAAAACCCCCCCCUUUUUUUGGGGGUUUUUUGGGUUUUUUUCCCCCCGGGGGGGUUUAAUUUUGGGUUUUAUUUGGGUUUUCCCCUUUUUCCUUUUAAUUGGAAAAUUUUUUUUGGGAAAAUUUUCCCUUUUCCCCCCCUUUUCCAAAAAAAUUUAAAAAAUUUUUUUUAAAUUUUUCUCUUUUUUUAAGGAAAAAAAAGGUUUUUUUUUUAAAAUUUUUUCCCCCCCUUUUUCCCCUUUUUUCUUAAAAAUUUUUCUGUUGGGGGGAAAACCCCCUUUUUUUAUUUGGGGGUUUCCCCCCCGGGGGGGCCCGGGGGGAAAUUUUAAAAAAAAAACCCCCCCCCCCCCCCUUUCCCCCCCCCCCGGGGGGGGGGUUUUUUUCCCCCCCCUUUGGGGGGGGAAGGGUUUUAAAAAAAAAAAAAAGGGGGGCCCCCCCUUUUUUUGAAACCCCGAAAAAAAAAAAAAACUUUUUCCCAAAAAAAAUUUUUAAAAAAAAAUUUUUAAAAAAAAAAAAAAAAUUUAAAAAACCCAAAUUUUAAAAAAAAAAAAAAAAAAACCCUUUUUUUUUUUAAAAAAAAAAAGUUUCAAAAAACCCAAAAAAAAAUUUUAAAAAAGAAAGGAAAAAAAAAAAAAAAAAAAACCCCAAAAAAACCCCCCCCAAAAAAAAACCCUUUUUAAAUUUUUAAAAAAGGUUCCCCCCUUUAAAUUUUUUAAAAUUUUAAAAAAUUUUUAAAUUAAAAAAACCUUUUUAAAAAAAAAAGGGGGGGGCAAAAUUAAGGGUUUUUUUAAAAAAAACCCGGAAAAAGGGGGAAAAAACCCGAAAAGGGGGGUGGGGAAAAAAAGGAAAGAAAAAACCCCCCAAAAAAAUUGGGGAAAAAAAAAAAAACCCAAAUUUAAAAAAAAAAAAUUUUUUUUUAAACCCCCCCCAAAAAAAACCCCAAAAAAAAUUUAAAAAAAAUUUUUUUUUUCCUUUCCCCCCCUUUUUUUUUUUUUUUUUUAAAAUUUUUAAAUUUUUAAAUAAAACCCCUUUUUUUUUUUUAAAAAAUUUUUUUUAUUUUAACCCAAAAAUUUUUUCCCUAUGAAAUUUUGGGGGCCCCCUUUUUCCCCCCAAAAAAGGGGGGGGAGGGUUUAUUUUUAAAGGGGGGGCCCCCGGGAAAAUUUGGGUUUGGGGGAAGGGUUUUUUUCCAAAAUUUUUUAAAAAAAGGGGGGGUUUUUUAGAUCAGUAACCAUAACUACAUUUAUCAACCUGUCAACAAAGUAUUCGAAAACAUUGUACAAAUAACCCCCAAUAUAGUAUUAACAACGCACAAGUUCAUUCACAAUAGCAUAAAAUGGCAGCUACCCUCAGUACGAAGCUAUUUCGCAGCAACCAAGCAGGUUUCACUCACACCUAAUAACUCUCUUCAACUUAACUCUAAACUUACUCAAGAUGUUACUAACACAUACCUUAAACUCUCUUGACAUGUUAGCAAGUUAUUACAUUCAAAUUAACUCGUUUUAUCAAUAACGUACCUGAAAAAGGGGAGAAAUAAUCACGAAAGUGACGCAGUUGUUUCCUCACUGAAACUUUAGUAUAAUGAGGAAAAAGACCGCGAUUUCCCCAGAAAGUUGGCCGGAGACCAGAGCAAUCGAUCUCAGGCUCAUAGAUUAAGAGCAUUUAGUAGAUCACAAAUUAACACUUUUACCCUUAAAUUAGGCACCACAAAAUAAAGUAGUCAAUAUAACGUUUACACCUUCCUCUUACAAUAAUUUACCCUUUUACACUUGACGGAUUUUAACACAUUUAUGCAUUUUAUCAAUCUCUAUGAACUAGUACUGGAUGCAUUAUCUUUUUAACCUUAGAUAUUUUAAGAUCCUUACAUACCAUGAACUUACUAAUACUUUUUAGUGUAUAACAGGCUAUGAAUAUGUCCUUUAACCUGUCACACACGCACCCCUGUGGGGCCCCCGUAUUGAGGAUCCGUGUGGCAGACGUGUUGUUAUUUACCCUUACCACCUGGGGGCGGCCUGUCAGGAAGUCCAGGAUCCAGUUGCAGAGGGAGGUGUUUAGUCCCAGGAUCCUUAGCUUAGUGAUGAGCUUUGAGGGCACUAUGGUGUUGAACGCUGAGCUGUAGUCAAUGAAAUGCAUUCUCACGUAGGUGUUCCUCUUGUCCAGGUGGGAAAGGGCAGUGUGGAGUGCAAUAGAGAUUGCAUCAUCUGUGGAUAUGUUGGGGCGGUAUGCAAAUUGGAGUGGGGCUAGGGUUUCUGGGAUAAUGGUGUUGAUGUGAACCAUGACCAGCCUUUCAAAGCACUUCAUGGCUACAGACGUGAGUGCUACGGGUCGGUAGUCAUUUAGGCAGGUUAUCUUAGUGUCCUUGGGCACAGGGACUAUGGUGGUCUGCUUGAAACAUGUUGGUAUUACAGACUCAGUCAGGGACAUGUUGAAAAUGUCAGUGAAGACACUUGCCAGUUGGUCAGCACAUGCUCGGACUACACGUCCUGGUAAUCCGUCUGGCCCUGCGGCCUUGUGAAUGUUGACCUGCUUAAAAGUCUUACUCACAUCGGCUACGGAGAGCGUGAUCACAUAGUCAUUCGGAACAGCUGAUGCUCUCAUGCAUGCUUCAGUGUUGCUUGCCUCGAAGCGAGCAUAGAAGUGAUUUAGCUCGUCUGGUAGGCUUGUGUCACUGGGCAGUUCGCGGCUGUGCUUCCCUUUGUAGUCUGUAAUAGUUUUCAAGCCCUGCCACAUCCGACCAGCGUCAGAGCUGGUGUAGUACAAUUCAAUCUUAGUCCUGUAUUGACUCUUUGCCUGUUAGAUGGUUCGUCUGAGGGCAUAGCGGGAUUUCUUAUAAGCUUCCGGGUUAGAGUCCCGCUCCUUGAAAGCGGCAGCUCUACCCUUUAGCUCAGUGCGGAUGUUGCCUGUAAUCCAUGGCUUCUGGUUGGGGUAUGUACGUACGGUCACUGUGGGGACGACGUCAUCGAUGCACUUAUUGAUGAAGCCAGUGAUUGAUGUGGUGUACUCCUCAAUGCUAUCAGAAGAAUUCCGGAACAUAUUCCAGUCUGUGGUAGCAAAACAGUCCUGUAGCAUAGCAUCUGCGUCACCUGACCAGAUCAAAACAAAACAACAUGGAUGUUUUGGAGCCUGAUAACUCUGAGGAGGACUUUGGGGAAAAAAGCACUUGGGUACUGAGUAGACUGAUACCCCAUUUCAUUGAUCCACAAUCCUUAGGUAAGGCUGUACAGUGCAAUAUGAAUGUCAAUACGCACAAUAGGCUGACUGGGGAGGUGAUUUCCCACAGUCAAAGUCAGGCAAUAAGAGCUACGACACUAACUCUUCACAGUUGUGUUCUGUGGGUGUCACCGAGUAGACUGAUACCCCGUUUCAUUGCUCCACAUUCCAAUAUUCCAACCUUUAACAUUAUCUAGUCUAUAUAUGGCAUGAUCCCACUAAUUGUAACCUUCUGCAUCAUUUUCAAAGAGGGACUUUUAUUUUGAAAGUGAAACGCAAAUUCCACUAUUGUGGCUAAUCCUUAUUGUGGCUAGCUUCACAACAUAUAACCCGGUCCGGUCAAGCCAUACUAGCCAGAUGAAGCUAGCUGUCUGCUUAUAACGUUAGUUUUGGGCAACAGGGUUAAGUAGCUGGCUAGCUAGUUAUUUCAAUAGGAGAACAACAAGUGGCUACCUAGCUAAUACUUACACACAUGGAUUCCUAAAUCAUUGCUAAGAAUAUUGAAAAUGACUGCAGUUUCUACUGGUCAUUGUUUUCAGGCUGUUGCAUUGGUGCUUGCUAGGUACCAAGCUUAAGCUAGCUAGAUACCCCAGAAGUUGCUAAUAACAUCUGUAUCAAAGAUAUUUGCAAACAUUUUUGAUCCUGCACCUUUGAUCCCGAUCUAAUUUCAAAUGCUCCUAUUUGGUCGGAACAAAUAAUGCCUUAUUACCAAUGCAGUAUUGUACAGCUUUGAAAGUGAUCAUAAUGGUGGCGCUUGGCUUGCACUUGUAAAUUCAGCACACACAACAUUCUAUAAUAGAAUUGUAUUUGACGUGUCAAAUUAAAAGCUUAUUUGACAUGUCAAAUAGUGUUAUUUGACGUCUAUCUUUUUUGACACGCAAAGACCCAAACGGCGUUCCAAAGAUGAGUGCUGGAGUCUGGGUGGAGUGCUGGACUCUCUGGGCGGAGUGCUGGCUUCUCUGGGUGGACUUCUGGGCUCUGGGUUAUGUGAUGGUCACUCUGGGCGGAGUGUUGGCCUAUCUGGGUGUGGUGUUCUUAUUUGCUGGCUUCUCAUAGGCUGGAUGCUCCUAGUCUUUCUUCACAUUUUGGCCGUGUACUUUAGCACCCUUGCAAAGACUUUUACACCCCACCAGUUUAGGUGGACAUGGUCUUGCAUGAGGUGAGGGUGGAUGUCUUUGUGGUGUGCCAAAAAUACGUUAGGCCUCAGAGCUCUGCGUUGUUUUCUAAAAUGAAAUUGAAUGGCAUAUCGUAGCGCGGGAGAAGAGAUGAAAUUAUAAUUUUUGCAGAUUGGUAUCUCUCUGUGGCCAUAAUGGCUAUUUCUGCCAUAGCUGGGGUCACACGUCCUCUCAUGUUCUUUAGGUCGUUCGUUCCAGUGUGUAUUAUUAUUGUCUUCGCUCCUAUUAAAGUGUCCUCUGAAAUUAUUGAGGGCACUCUAGGUUGUGGGGCACAAUAUUUUUCUCACCUCCAUGUCAGGUAGUAGUUCUCUACCCGUAAAUGUUUGCCGUUGGAGUCACAGAGAAUGACUCCAAUCCCAGGUUGUUCUUGGAGCGUUGGUGGGAGUGUUGGAUGAGCUAGCAGAGGUGGUAAGGAGGUUGUUAUUUGUUGGAGAGGGAUCUGAGGGAGGAGGGUUGGUGUUGGUUGGAGAGGGAUCUUCCGGAGGAGACAGGUUGGUGUUGGGUGGAGCGGGAUCUCCUGGAGAACUGGUGGGGGUGAGUGGGUGGAGCACGGUGGAAGGUGGGUUGGGGUUAGUGACCCUGGGUAGCUGCUCCUUCAGUGCCUGUAUGGUGUCAUCUGGGUCUUCAGCUCCUUUUUUACUUCUAAAAGCUCUCUUCUCAUCUCCUCCUUGAUCUCCUCUACUUUUCUCAUUGUCACUGUCUUCAUUUCAGAGCGUUCUUCUGUCAUUUCCUUUCUUUCUCUCAAAUGUCAGGUUUUCUAUCAACCGUCUGUGUUCAUUCUUCACCUGGCAGAGUUGGUCACGCAGCUGCUCCAUCUCUACAUCAGUACUGGUGGAGAGCUGGUCCAGGACUUGAUCUUUUAACUCUACGAGUUCUGACUCUAGCUGGGAGAGGCUACCUCUCAUCUGUACCACAAUGAAAUUGGGUUUAGGUGAUGUUUUGGGCAUUCCUUUGACCAUGUCCUCUCUGUCUUUGUUCACUGUCUUUGUUCAUUGGGUUAAUUGGAACUUGCUUGUGAUGUUGUAAUGUUGAUCAGGUACUGGUCAUUUUUUCAGUCUGUUUCCACCACAGAUUUGAGUGUAAAAAAGCUGGCUACAAAGGUGUGGAGUGCAGCUUCAUUCACUCCCUUGAACCAUUACUGUCCCAUUCAGGUAUAUGUUUACUGUGAGGUACCUGAUCUCACUUUCUUUCACCUGGUCCUCCAAAAUCUGAAUCUGCCUUUUCCAAUGCCCCUUUUUGUUAUGUAUUUUUUGUGUCUACAUAGGGCAGAGUGCCAUGUCAUUGGGCAACUGGUAAAACACAGGAGGUUAGUUAAUGUAUUUUGCAAAUGCACAUAGUGAUCAAAUAAUGUAUCUGGGCUGACCCUUUGUUGCUUCAGUUUGUGGCACCUUUUGGAAUGUUCUGAUGUCACAGAUGGUGGAUAGACAAAUGGGCAUGGUGAGACUUCUACUGUUGCUGAAGGUUCCGUUGCUACUGCUCUUGCUAUAGACCCAGUCGGUAUUAAAUAGAACUUGGCGUGGUCCUCUGUAGCUCAAUUGGUAGAGCAUGGAGCUUGUAACGCCAGGGUAGUGAGUUCGAUCCCCGGGACCACCCAUACGUAAAAAUUUAUGCGCACAUGACUGUAAGUCGCUUUGGAUAAAAGCGUCUGCUAAAUGACAUAUUUUUAUAACUUCGCAAACCUGCGCGCCUGUGGGCAAAACAACCUGUAGUUACCUAGGUUACCCAAUUGGCUCACAGCAAAAACUUGACCUUUUUCAAACACAAUUUUCUUGUUGUCUGCUUGUUUUAGUCAAUUCGAAAACUACAUUUAAGAAAAGUACAACAUGUCUAAAGAUUACUUUUCAACAUUGCCUGCUCCCUAGCGUUCUCACUACUUAGAAAAACAUAAUAUUGUAGAGCUUCCCUCAUGCCCCUUUUCAUGACUGUGCUAGCAGCCAUGUGAGUGAGUGCUAGCUAGCUACCGACCGGAACAUUAAGCUAGCCAAGACCAGCAACACAAAUAAACAGACUAUACAGCUACAAGUAGUGAGUGGAGUUACAAACGGACAGUACUAAACAAGUUAAAUGUCUUACCUGUGAUUAAAUGUUUUCCACACACAUAGCUACGUGUAGCCUAGUUGGACACCGCGUCCCAACAUUUCCCACUCUGCCACGCUGAAUAGGCUGAAUCCAUAGGGCUCUUCUCACAGGCUCUAUUUCCCUAUGUGGAAGCAUAUAGAACCAUAGGUCAGGAUUUUUGACCUGGCUACAUGCACAUUGAACAACACAGCAGCUUUUCAGCAUGUUUUGUUAUUUCUGUAUAACAAAAAAUCGACGACGAAGUUGCCUCUUUUACAAUGGGGGUCAAUAGGAAAGAAUGUUGGUUUGUGGGCGUGGUCGAGGGGAAUUCAUUAUUACCUGAAUACCGACUGGGACUAUUGCUGAUAGUUCCAUUGUUAUUGUUUUGGUUUUUGUUGGAAUUGUUCUUGUUUGAAAUGUCUGUUUUAAAAUCAACAUGCCAGGUGCAGAUUUCCUGGUAACUAAGAUGGUCUACUGAGUAACCAAUUUAUUUACAGGUUGUUUGCAGUUGUUUACAUUCAAAACAAUUAUUACAAUGAAUAAAAAUAAUGAUAUACAUUUCUGCUUUAGAGUGAAGAGUCCAUGUAUCACCUCUCUUUCUCUGCUGUUUUCUCAACUCGUUUGUGCAAGGGGCGCUUGUUCCUUUGUAUCUCAAUCCUAGGGUCCUGGCCUGUGGUUGGUUCUCUUUUUCCACAUUUGGUCCAGUUUGGAUUGUAGUACCCCGGUUAAAAGCAGGCCACAAUAUGAUGUGUCCUUGUUCUUGCUCUUGAAAAGCAUGUCUCCCCUCUAUCUGAACAGUCCAUAAGGUUGAGAGCAGUAGAGAGAGUGGGAGUUCAGUGAUGCGGUAGUGCUAGCUACCUUCCUGUCUUUCCCAGAAGGUUUACAGAGAGGGACUUGGAGAAUUCCUCAAGAAAAGCCUGAAAGGCUUGAGUGGGGUAGAGUGGGGUGGAGUGGAAUUGAAUGAAAUUAAAUUAAAUGUAACUUAACUGAAUUGAAUUUAAAUGGAUUUAACUGAACUGAACUCAACUGUAUUGAUUAAAAUGUUGUAAAUAUCAUUACAAACAUAUUAAAGUGCUGGUGCUCUGCAUUAAAACUUUGUCUACACACACACACAGGUGUACGGUUUCCUGAACAGUAACUUCCAGAAGGAGUUGAAGACCCAGCUGCAGCGCUGCCACUGUGGCUUGGGGGCACCAGAGAGCUACGAGAAUUUCCCGCUCUCCACCGUCGGCAGCGAGGGGAACACCAAGAUGUCGAUGCUGAACCGGGCAGGGUCGAUGAGCACCGCGCCGCCGCCACGGUCCGAGCCCAGUGUUAUAAUUUGCAGCUAACGGCUAGCCGACAGAGUUAGUGGCUAAUGCUAAUGGUUAAGAGCUAAUGGACAUAAUGUAGCAUGUACAGCUGUCAGACAGGGUGUAAACAACAAGGGUAAAGUUCAUAUCAAGCAAGCAACUAACAGACAGAAUGCCCCAAUGGACAGAAAUAACAGAGAGCAGCUAAUGCUAAUGGUGAGAGAGAGAAAAAUUGGAACUAAGCACCUGGACUGACAGUCAAAGACAGAGCUGGUUGGCCUCAGUCUCCAUGGGGAUCGGUCGAUUUCUGAAUUCCUACAAAGCAUUGCAGGUCCUGCAGAGUAUACAGAAUGCACUUCACUAAAAGCAAACAAACAGAUCCAUACAGCUAAUCGACAGAGCAGCUCAUGGACAGAUUGCACACAUGCAGCUACACUAGGUAGCAAACAGCUGGAGAGACUGCGACAGAGAGACUGACAGACCCAGGGACGCGUGGGCUCUGUUUCCAUGGUGAUUAUAUAUUUCUGAGCUAAUUCAGUUUGUCCCCCAGAAAAACUGUCAUCACCAGAGUUUGACAUCAUCCUGGGGUGUUAAGCUGUUGUCAAGCCAGUCAGGCAGAUGGACAGACUGUCAGUCAGUCAGACAGUCAAUUCUGAACUCAGGCCUGCCUUGAGCUCUAAUCAAAAUCAAAUCAAAUUUGAUUGACCGCAUACACAUAUUUUGCAGAUGUUAUCACAGGUAAUGUGACAUGCUUAUGUUUCUUGCUCCAACAGUGCAGUAAUACCUAACAAUGCAAAACAAUACAUACAAAUCCCAAAAAAUAUAUAAAGAGAGAAAUUUAGAAAUAUCAGAGCAAUGUCAAAGUCCGGAAUAUAUAUAUAUACUACCGUUCAAAAGUUUGGGGUCACUUAGAAAUGUCCUUGUUUUCGGAAAAUAAUCAAUUUUUUUGUCCAUUAAAAUAACAUCAAAUUGAUCAGAAAUACAGUGUAGACAUUGUUAAUGUUGUAAAUGGCUAUUGUAGCUGGAAACGGCUGAUUUUUAAUGGAAUAUCUACAUAGGCGUAAAGAGGCCCAUUAUUAGCAACCAUCAGUCCUGUGUUCCAAUGGCACGUUGUGUUUGCUAAUCCAAGUUUAUCAUUUUAAAAGGCUAAUUGAUCAUUAGAAAACCCUUUUGCAAUUAUGUUAGCACAGCUGAAAACUGGCCUUCUUGAGACAAGUUGAGUAUCUGGAGCAUCAGCAAUUGUGAGUUCGAUUACAGAAUCAAAAUGUCCAGAAACAAAUAACUUUCCUCUGAAACUCAUCAGUCUAUUCUUGUUCUGAUAAAUGAAGGCUAUUCCAUGCGAGAAAUUGCCAAGAAACUGAAGAUCUCGUACAACGCUGUGUACUACUCCCUUCACAGAACAGCACAAACUGGCUCAAACCAGAAUAGAAAGAGGAGUAGGAGGCCCUGGUGCACAACUGAGCAAGAGGACAAAUACAUUAGAGUGUCUAGUUUGAGAAACAGGCGCCUCACAGGUCCUCAACUGGCAGCUUCAUUAAAUAGUACCUGCAAAACACCAGUCUCAACGUCAACAGUGAAGAGGUGACUCCGGGAUGCUGACCUAGGCAGAGUUGCAAAGAAAAAGUCCAGUGUCUGUGUUCUUUUGCCCAUCUUAAUCUUUUCUUUUUAUUGGCCAGUCUGAGAUAUGGCUUUUUCUUUGCUACUCUGCCUAGGUCAGCAUCCCGGAAUCGUUUCUUCACUGUUGACGUUGAGACUGGUGUUUUGCGGAAAAACAAAUGAUAGUCCCAUUAAACCUAAACCAGAUGGGAUGGCGUAUCGCUGCAGAAUGCUCUGGUAGCCAUGCUGGUUAAGUGUGCCUUGAAUUCUAAAUAAAUCACAGAGAGUGUCACCAGCAAAGCACCCCCACAUCAUAACACCUCCUCCUCCAUUCUUUACGGUGGGAACUACACAUGCGGAGAUCAUCCGUUCACCCACACUGCGUCUCACAAAGACACGGCAGUUGGAACCAAAAAUCUCAAAUUUGGACUCCAGACCAAAGGACACAUUUCCACCGGUCUAAUGUCCAUUGCUCGUGUUUCUUGGCCCAAUCAGGUCUUUUCUUCUUAUUGGUGUCCUUUAGUAGUGAGUGGUGUCUUUGCAGCAAUUCGACCAUGAAGGCCUGAUUCACACAGUCCCCUCUUAACAGUUGAUGUUGAGAUGUGUCUGUGACUAAAAGUCAAAGUUGUAAAUGAGAACUUGUUCUCAACUGGCUUACCUGGUUAAAUAAAGGUUAAAUAAAUAAAAUUAAAAAUAUAUACAGUUGAAGUCGGAAGUUUACAUACACCUUAGCCAAAUACAUUUAAACUCAGUUUUUCACAAUUUCUGACAUUUAAUCCUAGUAAAAAUUCCCUGUUUUAGGUCAGUUAGGAACAUCACUUUAUUUUAAGAAUGUGAAAUGUCAGAAUAAUAGUAGAGAUAAUGAUUUAUUUAAGCUUUUAUUUCUGUCAUCACAUUCCCAGUGGGUCAGAAGUGUGCAUACACUCAAUUAGUAUUUGGUAGCAUUGCCUUUAAAUUGUUUCACUUGGGUCAAACGUUUCGGGUAGCCUUCCACAAGCUUCCCACAAUAAGUUGGGUGAAUUUUGGCCCAUUCCUCCUUACAGAGCUGGUGUAACUGAGUCAGGUUUGUAGGCCUCCUUGCUCGCACACGCUUUUUCAGUUCUGCCCACAAAUGUUCUAUAGGAUUGAGGUCAGGGCUUUGUGAUGGCCACUCCAAUACCUUGACUUUGUUGUCCUUAAGCCAUUUUGUCACAACUUUGGAAGUAUGCUUGGGGUCAUUGUCCAUUUGGAAGACCCACAUUUGCGACCAAGCUUUAACUUCCUGACUGAUGUCUUGAGAUGUUGCUUCAAUAUAUCCACAUCAUUUUCCUUUCUCAUGAUGCCAUCUAUUUUGUGAUGUGCACCAGUCCCUCCUGCAGCAAAGCACCCCCACAGCAUGAUGCUGCCACCCCCGUGCUUCACGGUUGGGAUGGUGUUCUUCUGCUUGCAAGUGUCCCCCUUUUUCCUCCAAACAUAACGAUGGUCAUUAUGGCCAAUCAGUUCUAUUUUUGUUUCAUCAGACCAGAGGACAUUUCUCCAAAAAGUACGAUCUUUGUCCCCAUGUGCAGUUGCAAACCGUAGUCUGGCUUUUUUAUGGCGGUUUUGGAGCAAUGGCUUCUUCCUUGCUGAGCGGCCUUUCAGGUUAUGUCGAUAUAGGACUUGUUUUACUGUGGAUAUAGGUACUUUUAUACCUGUUUCCUCCAGCAUCUUCACAAGGUCCUUUGCUGUUGUUCUGGGAUUGAUUUGCACUUUUCACACCAAAGUGCGUUCAUCUCUAGGAGACAGAACGCGUCUCCUUCCUGAGUGGUAUGACGGCUGCGUGGUCCCAUGGUGUUUAUACCUGCGUAGUAUUGUUUGUAAAGAUGAACGUGGUACCUUCAGGCGUUUGGAAAUUGUUCCCAAGGAUGAACCAGACUUGUGGAGGUCUUUUCUGAGGUCUUGGCUGAUUUCUUUUGAUUUUCCCAUGAUGUCAAGCAAAGAGGCACUGAGUUUGAAGGUAGGCCUUGAAAUACAUCCACAGGUACACCUCCAAUUGACUCAAAUGAUGUCAAUUAGCCUAUCAGAAGCCAUGACAUCAUUUUCUGGAAUUUUCCAAGCUGUUUAAAGGCACAGUCAGCUUAGUGUAUGUAAACUUCUGACCCACUGGAAUUGUGAUACAGUGAAUUAUAAGUGAAAUAAUCUGUCUGUAAACAAUUGUUGGAAAAAUUACUUGUGUCAUGCACAAAGUAGAUGUCCUAACCGACUUGCCAAAACUAUAGUUUGUUAACAAAAAAUGUGUGGAGUGGUUAAAAAACGAGUUUUAAUGACUCCAACCUAAGUGUAUGUAAACUUCCGACUUCAACUGCUUAUAUAUGUAAUUUAUAUAUAUAUAAUGGUGUAUAUAGACCUUAUGGACAGUAUAUGAACAGUAUAUGAAUAGAAAAGGUCUGUACAGCAGUAGUUAUAUAGGAUGAGCCUUGACUGGAAUACAGUAUACAUAUGAAGUGGGUAAGACAGUAUGUAAAUAUUAUUGACCAGUGUUCAGUGACUAUGUACAUAGGGCAGCAGUCUCUAAAGUGCAGGGUAGACUACCGGGUGGCUCUAAAUGGUGUAUCUGUAGAAGUUUGUGAAGGUCUUAAGGGCCAAGCAGAAUUUCUUCAGCCUCCUGAGGUUGAAGAGGCACUGUUUCACCACGCUGUCUGUGUGAAGGGACCAUUUCAGGUUGUCAGUGAAAUGCACGCCAUGGAACUUGAAGCUGAUAUAAUAGCUGUCUCUCUAACAUCAGAAUAACCCUGUUGGCACUGACAGCCCUUCCUCUCAGUCACUGUCUCUCUGUGACAACAGUAGAAACAUCUAUAUGCUAUUCACGAAUGAGAGAUCAGUCUCAGAUACGCUGAUACCUCUAACUGUCUGAGAGAGAGAGAGAGAGAGAGAGAGAGAGAGAGAGAGAGAGAGAGAGAGAGAGAUUGAUAACGAGAGAGGGAGAGAGAGAGAGAGAGAGAGAGAGAGAGAGAGAGAGAGAGAGAUUGAUAACGAGAGAGAGGGAGAGAGAGAGAGGGAUAGAUUGAUAAUGAGAGAGAGAGAGGGAUAGAUUGAUAACGAGAGAGAGAGAGGGAUAGAUUGAUAACGAGAGAGAGAGAGGGAUAGAUUGAUAACGAGAGAGAGAGAGGGAUAGAUUGAUAAUGAGAGAGAGAGACAGACAGACAGACAGUGAGAGACAGACAGACAGACAGACAGACAGACAGUGAGAGACAGACAGACAGUGAGAGACAGACAGACAGACAGACAGACAGACAGACAGACAGACAGACAGACAGACAGUGAGAGACAGACAGACAGACAGACAGACAGACAGACAGACAGACAGACAGUGAGAGACAGACAGACAGACAGACAGACAGUGAGAGACAGACAGAGAGAUAGAGAGAGAGAGAGAGAGAGAGAGAGAGAGAGAGAGAGAGAGAGAGAGAGAGAGAGAGAGAGAGAGAGAGAGAGAGAGAGAGAGACAGACAGACAGAGAGAGCGAGAGACCAAGAACGAGACAGAGAGCGAGAGAGAGGAAUAAGGACACUGUGCAGUUAAGGUUGGUGCUGGGGUUCUGGGUGUCCAGCAGUGAGCCAGGGGCUAGAGGGUGACUGACAGCUGUGUCUGGCUGAGAGGCUGGAAGAGAGAGGGAGUCCCUGGUGCUGCUGACGCAUUGCAGACAGAUCACAGACACACAGAGCAGGCUGACUGGACUGGCUGUCUGAUUUACUGGCUGUCUGGCUGGCUGAGGGACUGGCUGGUCUAUUGUAUAUCUGUCUGGGUGGCCGACUGGCUGGCUGGCAUGUUGGCUGGCUGGGUUGUCUAAUAUUUACUGUAUCUGUCUGGAUGGCUGACUGGUAGGCUGUCUGGCUGGUUGGCUAUCUGGUUGGCUGAUCUAAUGUAUAUAUGUUUGGGUGGCUGACUGGCUGGCUGGCAGUCUGUCUGACUGGUUGGCUGUCUGGCUGGCCUACUGUAUAUCUUCGUCAUGAAUCCACAUCAACUUUAUGAUUGUACAAACGGUGGAAAUGAUGUAAACCAAAUUAUAUAUAUCUCAUAUCCGAUUUUUAUAUUUAAAAAGUACAAAAUUAUCCAGAAGUAAAUAUUCAUUGUGGUUCCUGAGGCAGAUUCUUCUUCUUCUUCUUCUUCUUCUUCUUCUUCUUCUUCUUCUUCUUCUUCUUCUUCUUCUUCUUCUUCUUCUUCUUCUUCUUCUUCUUCUUCUUCUUCUUCUUCUUCUUCUUCUUCUUCUUCUUCUGUGUUCUGCUUGUGUUGAAACUGUAA